AUGGCGGCAAGUGAAUCCAUAACGAUGAAGCCCGUGAAUUCCAGUGAAGACACACACAAAGCACCAAACAAAACGGAAAAGAAGAACUACCAAUACAACAACACCGACAAUGGGCCGUAUCGGGUUUUUGUCGAGCUAAAAAACAACGGAGCAACGAAUGCAAGUCUCAACAAAUUUUCGCUGGGAGCAUAUCUCAAGAAUUUCGAGGAAAUCAAAGGGCACGUACAGGAACUCCAAUAUUCAGGUAAAGACAAGAUUAUCAUUAAAAUUAAUAACUAUGAAAAGGCUAACAUAUUGGUGAACACCUUAAACGAGAGCAAUUCAAUCUAUCGGGCGUAUGUUCCAAAACAUGCCAUAAGUAUUUCGGGAGUAAUCUCAGAACUAAUCAACUGGGUCACGCAAUUUUUAACCAAUCGCAAAAUAACAUUACUAGCAGACGGAAACAAUGUAACAAGGUUCAUCAGCAACGGCCUCCCGCAAGGCGAUGUAAUGUCACCUACAUUGUUCAACUUAUACACCGCAGACUUACAUGCUUCUCUGCCCGAAGAUGUUUGGAUGACCCAAUAUGUUGACGACUUCAAUUUGAUAGUACGUGCUAGAAACCUAGAAACAUUAAAAGCAAAAUGUCAAGAGGUGACUGAAACCUUUGUGAUUAAAGCAGAAAACCUGGGAUUCAAGGUCAACUCUGCCAAAACCAAGGUGAUGAUAUUCCGCAAAGGGCAAACUCAACUACAACUAAGUAUAAACGGAGAAACAGUUGAAACUGUGAGAACCCACAAAUAUUUGGGAAUCACAAUUGACUCGGCAUUAGGAUUCGGCGCCGAAGCUAGAACGUUGAAAAGCAAGAUUAACGACAGGAUGAACAUGUUAAAGAUGAUUUGCAACAUCAGAGUAGGGACACAUCCUCAAACACUUACCCGCAUCUAUACGGCGUUGAUUAGAAGCCUCAUCGACUAUAAUGCUACAGUUUUUUGCAAUGCACCAAAAACGAACAAAAAGUUUCUAGAGGUGGUCAACAAUCAAUGUCUCAGGCGAGUCACUGGUUGCACCCGAACCACACCACUUAACACCCUCAUGGCAAUCGCAGGACAGGUUCCACUUGAUAUACGGCACGAGUAUAUCUGUGCCAAGGUCAUAAUAAAGAAUUUAGCCUAUAGGACAGUUGUAGGUUCACAGCUUUCAUCCAUUAACGCCAACGAUGAUGACGAAGAUCUAUCCUACAUGGAAAAAGUAUACCUGAAAUUCAAACCAGUUUUCGAUCUAAUUAUGCCUUUCACCAAACAUGAACCUAUAAACCUUAAGAUAAAUGACAGACUCGACGGUCUAGCAAACGCCAAAAAGAACACCAAUACGCAACAACUCAAACAACUGACGUUAUUUACAAUGAACGGUACCCACUCUGGAAAACAAAAAAUUUUCACAGAUGCUUCCAAAAUUAACGAAACUUGUGGCAUUGGUAUAUUUAACGAAUACUACAAACAAAGAUACUCCUUUAGACUGGCCCAUGAGACCAGUAUCACCGAAGCUGAAAUAACAGCUAUCGAAAUAGCCCUUGAACGUUUAGUCACACCGAACACCGAAUUCGUCCUGUACACUGAUUCACUAUCAGCAUGCACCAUCCUAAAGAAUGCAGAAAAUGAGACAUUGCUGCCACUACAAUUACACAAGAUACUGCAACUUGCCCAUAGAAAGAAAGUCACCAUUCAGUGGAUUCCUAGCCAUAUCGGCAUAUUCGGGAAUGAUUUAGCCGACAGCCUAGCCAAACAAGCUAGUACGGAUCCUGGCUCUCAAUCAAUUGAUAAUCUUCUUUGCAUUAACGAUGCCAUCCUAAAAGUUAAAAGAAACCAAGCUAAAGCAGCAAACGAUUGGUACCAAAACUAUGCCAAUGCAGAAGGCAAAGGCAAAACCUUUUACCUGAUACAAAACUCCUUGGAAGAAAAGCCCUGGUAUCACAACAUCAAGUUAUCUAAUACUGAAACAUUGCAGAGGAACGGUGGCUGUUAA